GCAUUACAUCAUUGCAACCUGCUCACACAGUACAUCGCAAUGAGAUUCAGUACUAUGCAACUCCGAUAUCAGCUGUAUGCAUUUCGGGGGAUGCAUAUGUCAAUCGCUUUUCCGUAAAGAACACCAGUGUGGGUUUUUCGUUUUUUGGAUUUGAGGUUAUAACCCUUUAAAUAGGCGGGACUUCCUUAUGCAGAAAUAACCGGCCUGACUGUUUAUCUUUGUGUGCAGAGCUAAGCAGGGGACGUGGAGAUUAGGAUAACAAGGCGUACACAUAGACACGGACGGGACUAUACCUUGCGAAGAAUACCCUUCACCUCAGUGACUAGCUGGGCAUCAGUCCUUCGACACCAGGUCCGCCAUGCGGAGCUGCUCGCUGAGUGGAGCCUCCUGCCACCUGUUUUGCCUCUGGGCCCUCCUGGUAGGCCCUGUGUGGCUGCAAAACGCCAGUCAUCACAGACGCAAGGACCACGGCGGCGGGGACGAGGGCGUGGUGGACAAGCCCAAGCUACUGCUCCUGUCCUUCGACGGCUUCCGCUGGGACUAUGUGAACCGCGUGCCCACGCCCAACUUCCUCGCCCUGAAGCGGGAGGGCGUGAAGGUGGAGGUGGUGGAGAACGCCUACAUCACCAAGACCUUCCCCGACCACUACAGCCUGGUCACGGGCCUGAACGCCGAGUCGCACGGCAUCGUGGCCAACGAGAUGUUCGACCCCGCGCUCAACCGCUCCUUCUCCAUGGAGACGGACAGCAUCUACGACCCGCUGUGGUGGGAGCAGGGAGUGCCGCUGUGGUUGACCAAUCAGAGGGCGGGCGGCCGCAGCGGCGCGGCCAUGUGGCCAGGGUCGGACGUGAAGAUCCACGGGGAGUACCCCACGCGCUACCUCGACUACAACGCCUCGAUGCCCUUCGAGGACCGCGUGAGGAAGCUCAUAGAGUGGUUCACGGCGCCCGAAGAGCAGGCGGUUGACUUCGGGGUGCUCUACUGGGAGGAGCCGGACGAGAGCGGCCACAACCUGGGUCCCGAGAGCUCCCUGAUGGACGUGGUGAUCGUGGACAUCGACGAGAAGCUGGGCUUCCUGCGCAACGAGCUGAAGAAGGCGCGCCUGUACGAGAGGCUGAACCUCAUCGUGACCAGCGACCAUGGCAUGACCCAGCUGUUCCCAGACAAGAUCAUAGAGCUGGACCAGUACGUUAGCAGGGAUUGGUACACCUGGGUGGACAAGAGCCCAGUGGUGGCGCUGCUGCCCAAAGAAGGGAGGCUGGAGGAGGUGUACAGUUCCCUGCUGGAAGCCAACCCUCACCUGAACGUGUACAAGAAGGAGGACAUCCCAGAAUACUUCCACUACAGACACAAUGACCGGAUCAUGCCUAUUCUCCUGGAGGCGGAGGAGGGCUGGACCAUCGUACAGAACCGGAGCGGGACCUUCAUGUUGGGAAACCACGGCUACAACAACUCGUUACCCAACAUGCACCCCGUGUUCCUGGCCCGGGGCCCCGCCUUCCGGCAGAACUACGUGAAGCACUCCAUGCGCUCCGUCGACCUCUACCCCCUGAUGUGUCACAUCCUGGCCCUGCGGCCCCUGCCCAACAACGGCUCCCUGGCCAACGUCCAGGACCUCCUCGUGGUGGGGCCCUCCCAGGCCCCCUUCGCCGGCCCCACCGGCAGCCCCAGCAGCAGCAGCAGUGGCCCACCCGGAGGGGUCACCCCGGCCUACUCCUACGCCCCCACGGUGGGCUCCCUGCUGGGCGUGGUGAUGGUGCUGGGCUUCCUCAUGGUGUUUGUCAAGCAGGUGACGCUAAAGCAGCUCCCCACGCUGCCCAUGCAGAGCAGGGAGAUGUCCCAGCCGCUGCUGCAGGAAGACCUCCACUUGUAAACGGGAGCCCCGGCGGAGGCAAGCGGUAGAGCUACGGCAAAACAAAGAUAAACGCGCAGGGUGAAAAAUUUAAAGUUCUGCCUCGACCUGGAAGCAGCUCCUAAGCCCCUUCCUUGAGCCCCACUCAUCGCUAGCUACUAUUAUUAAUGUUAUCUUUGUGUUGUAUUAAUAAUAAAACGCUUGUUUUGUUUGCUGUUAUUGAGGGGACACUGCGGUAUUGAACGCAGCCUGCCUAUGAGUGUGGAUCUAAGGGUGGCUAGGGUAGGUUUCUGGGACAGGACGGGUUUUAAAAAGCAAAACCUUUACUUAGGACUCACCAGUUGCUUUUCUUUGAAUGUGAUUUUUAUUUAGGGUUAUUGGUUGCCCUCUUUCAUCUCAAUGUUGGCAGUUUUGUCUCCAUAUUUGACAAAUUUAUAAAAUGCCAUUACAUACAUAUACAACAUGUGAUUCCAUUAGUAACCUAGCUGGUUUAAACCCGAAGGCACAGCUACACUUGAACUGCUCCUUGCCUGCUUUGUCUUAGGAGACAUCUUUCAAUUGUUAUGUUAACCAGAUAUGUACAUUGGUACGAAAAUACCCAAGCUAAGCUUUUAUUUAUUUUUGCCACAAUUUGUUCAUUCAGUGGUAUUUUUAGGAAGCCUUUCAUUUGCUUGGUUGAGUCGUAUUCUUGGUUGAGUAUUGUUCCUUUUAUUUACCAUUUGCCUUUUAACUUCGCACUCGACAUAUCUCUAAAGUGUGCAAUUGUUCGUUAGUUUGUCUGUUGGACAUGAAUUGUUUCUUUUCAGAGUUUUUUUUUUUCUGUGUUCCCGGGCAUAUUUCUGUACUGAAGAUAGUUGUGGUUGCCCGUGUGUUUGUGCUUUGGCUGUCAUUUACCACAGCCAUUUUUUGGUGAACUGUGAAGUGCAAUGGUCAGUAUUUUGUCGUAUAAGGUGAUUGAAAAAGUGUUUUGGUUGUUUGGUUGAGAAGACUGUAGGCAUGAUUUGCAGGAGCUGUUCCCCUGAUUUGCACUAAAAGGAUCGAAAUGGAAAAUGAAACGCAGAGGUGGUGUCAGGAUGCUUUAGGGUCAUGUGUCAUUUGCACUGCUUGUCUGUAGCCGCCAUUUUUUUUAUAAUAGGUAAUUAUUUUAAAGAUAGGUGCCUCUGGAUAAAAAAAAAAAAGCUUUCUGAUUAGCACUAUCGUAAUGUAGUAUCUAAUUCUGCCGGUCUUAAUUCCUUACUAUUUUGUAAAAGAAAAAAAUAUUUUCAAAUGAAUUGGUUGAAGUUUAAAAUGCAUAACACAUAACCUGUGCCAAAAAGGACAGACACCACUGUGAUAUACUUUUUGCUAAGUUAGAUUGAUAUUUAUAUAAAAAUGCUAAUUUUAUGAGAAUUAACGAAGAAUUCAAAUAUACCCAUGUAUUACAAGUAGAUUGUCAGUUGACCGUUAACUUUGAAUUUAAUAUUUACCCACAGAUAAAUUUGAUUUCUUUGCUAUGUUAAUCAAUCGAUUUGGUCAGAAAUAAAAUACUAAUGUGAAA